AUGGCAGGUUCACAGCUCAAGCGCCUCAAGGCGUCCUUGAGAGAACAAGGCAUAACUGGACCUCAGCAGUCAAAAAAACAGCGGCGCAAGAAUGCUGAGGAGGGAAAAGCUCGGAACGACAAGAGACUACAGCGUGGCGUGGUUUUGGAAGGCAUCCGCGAGCAGUUCAACCCGUUUGAUUUGAAACAUGCUGCUCGAGGUCCGAAAUUCGAGGUGACAACCAACCGAGUCGCUACGGGAGAUGCAGCUAAAGGAAUUCGAGGACGGCCCGGCGUUGCGAGGGCCGUUGGUGAAGAAAGGAGACGCGAAACCCUCUUGGUUGAUAUGCAGCGACGAAACAAGGUCGGGGGUAUCCUCGACAGACGAUUUGGUGAAAACGAUCCCACCAUGGCGCCAGAAGACAAAAUGCUCGAACGGUUCGCCAGAGAAAAGCAACGGAGUCACAAAAAGAGUUCAAUGUUUGAUCUAGAAGAUGAUGUCCCCCUAGAGGGGGGCCUCACCCACGGAGGAAAGGCUUUGGAAUUUGAUGACGACGAACCGGUGGACGAUUUCCAGGAAGACGAUCUUGACAUGGACUACGACAGUGAUGGGUCCGUGAGAGAGGCACAGAGACUGAAGCGACUUCGGUCCAUGGCAUCAGCCGAAAAUAAUGAAGACGAUGAGGAAGAUGAGCCGCAAAGAAAAAAGACUAAGAAGGAGGUUAUGGAGGAGCUCAUCGCAAAAUCGAAGAUGCACAAGUAUGAGCGACAAGCUGCCAAAGAAGUUGACGAUGACGUGCGUGCGGAGCUCGACAAAGAACUGCAAAGUAUUCAAAUGCUGCUCACUUCAACCAAGGGCUCACGGCGUGAGAAUGGUGCCGAUACUUCACACAUUUCUUCAAUCGCUGGUGUGGACAGAAAUGCCUUCGACAGGAACUUUGAUCUUGAAGUCAAGAAGCUGGCCCAAGACAAGCGUGCUCAGCCCACAGACCGCACCAAAACUGAAGAAGAAAAGGCGGAAGCAGAGUCCAGGAGAUUAAAGGAGCUCGAGGACAAGCGUCAGCGACGAAUGAGAGGAGAGGAUGUGACAGAUAGCGAAGCCGAAUCAGACGCCGACAAUGACAAGUCCAACGGAGCGGGCGAGAUGGAAGUUGACGAUGAAGAGGAUGAUUUUGGGUUGGGUAGCGGUAUCCGCACGCGCCCAACUGCUACAGAGUUGGGCUUUGAUGACGAAGAUGACUUCAUCAUUGACGACGACCUUGUUGCCAGUGGUUCGGAUUUGGAACCUAUUGACAGCGACGAGGAGUCUGGAGAAGACGAUGAGGACACUUCACAGCAGGACGAAGAGGAAGACGAGGAAGACGAGUUCACCAAGGGCUUGCUGAACGAAGAAGAAGCAAGAAAUCCCAUUUUUCGGGUUGUCGACUCUGAUGCAAAAGCGGCUGUCGCCCAAAAGUCUGACGACCAAGGACUGCCGUUCACCUUUCCUUGCCCCCAGUCUUGCGAAGAAUUUGAGGCCAUUACUCAAUCGUAUCCUCGCAAAUCCUUGCCAACUAUCGUUCAACGAAUUCGAGCUCUUCAUCACCCUAAGCUAGACAGCAAAAACAAGGAGAGGCUCGGCAACUUUGCCAUUGCCCUCAUCGACUUUGUGGCCCUGCCAUGGGAUGAAACAUCGUCUCCGCCAUUCUCGGUAUUAGAGAGCCUGAUCCGUCAUAUCCACUCUCUUUCCAAGAUGUUCCCGACAGAAGUUGGCAGAAGAUUUCGCCAUCACAUCUCGCAGAUUGGUGAAGAACGACCCUUGGCUCUGCAACCAUCAGACCUUGUCGUGUUAACCGCUGUGGGCACCACAUUUCCCACGUCGGAUCAUUUCCACCAAGUAGUGACGCCAGCCAUGCUCACCAUGGGCCGGUUCUUGGGUCAGAAAGUCCCACAAAAGCUAUCUGAUUAUGCAACUGGCACAUAUCUCACCAUUUUGUCUCUGCAAUAUCAGCAGUUAUCUAAGAGAUUUGUUCCCGAGGUUGCAAACUUUUGCUUGAACACGCUGUGUGCUCUGUCACCAGCAGGGCCAACAAAGCAGCUUGGGAGCUUCCCUCGGCACGAACCCCCGGCCGGCAUAAGAGCUCGUAAAUUGGGCGAAGCUGCCGUUAGAAAGUUGACCUUUUCGGAUUGCUCUGCUGUCAACCAUGAAGAUGGUUCUGUGAAGGCCGCAAUCUUGGCCACUGUUCUAGAUGUCCUAGAUGCUGCUGCUGAGCUAUGGACUGGCAAGGAAGCGUUCAUAGAGACAUUCAGCCAAGUGGUCAGGGUACUCAAGCACGUCACUAGCAAAUCGUGCCGUUCUCAGCUACCCUCUCGGAUCAUUGACAGAGCAGAGAAGCUCACAGCUAAAAUGGAGCGCAUGCUCAGCCUUGCGCAGAUAUCACGCCGGCCCUUGGAACUGCACCACCAUCGGCCGCUGGCAAUCAAGACGUACAUACCCAAGUUUGAAGAGACGUUCGAUCCCGAUAAGCACUACGAUCCUGACCGUGAGCGGGCUGAGUUGGCCAAGUUGAAGAAAGAGCACAAGAAGGAACGCAAGGGAGCAAUGAGGGAGCUGAGGAAGGAUGCCAACUUCAUGGCCAGAGAGAAGCUCCGAAUCAAGAAGGCCAAGGACGAGGCUUACGAGAAGAAGUUCAAGAGGAUCGUAUCGGAGAUUCAAAGCGAGGAAGGCAAAGAGGCCAAUUUGUACGAGAGAGAAAAGUCAGCGAGAAAGCGUGCCAGGAACAGGUAG